GCUAGCGUACGGUCCGUGGCCGCAGUCGGCACUCCGUCCUCAGCAGUUCAUCAUGAAGCACGUAUCGACGCUCGUCGUUAUAGCGCUGUUACAACUAUGCCGAGCUGAAAUAUCGAAUUCAUUACCAAAAUGGUACGAGGCCAAUCUCAUAAACGAAUCCAGUUACCAACCGAAACCAAUAACGGAAAUAUUUACGACCCCUAAAACGUUAUCAUCUCAUCCCAUCGUAGUUGCAACCUCACCUACAACUUCCGAAACCGAAAAGGAUCUUUCAACCUUAUCUUCGACAUCGUCAAGUCAGGCCUCUGUGGAGGAAUCGACUACAGAAGAUACCACGAGGAGAGUUUUGCCCAUAGACAGAAAUGCUUCAAUAUUACCUAGGCCUCAAGAUGAAAGAGAACAGAGAGUGAUAUACCAGCCUCAACCACGACCAAUUCAAGUUAUAUCUGCGCAAAGUCUUCCAGAACGCCCUAUGCCUCAAUUACAAUCAUUUCCUCAAUUUCAAGCAUCGCCCCAGCAACAGCCAUCAACCAGGCAACCGAAUUACUUCCUUAUAUACCAGCAAGCUCCGUUAUCUAUUCAACAAUAUCCCGAAUCCGCUUCCCAAUUUAGACCAAGUACUCAACCGGAAUCAACUCAACGAAGCAGCCGAGAACCUAUAACACAGAGAACAACUCAAGAAAUCACUGCCGCGUCGAUUACAACUCAAUCAACGACAACUACAACGGAUACUGCAACAAGAAGACCGCAUCCGGAUGUCAUGUCUGCGGUACAAAUGAGCUCAUCCACUAUUAGACCGAUCAAACGUGAGGAGCAGAUCUUCGUCACUUCAUCCCCUAUACUAUUCGGUGGGCCAUGGCAAAACCCAAGUACUUUACUGGGUCCAGCCUAUUACAGCCCUUCGAUAUUUUCGAGUUCUACAGCUGGCCCUAGCGUGACUUCCACUGGAAACCCUUAUGCAAGCAGUGUAAGCAUAAUUCCAACAACAAAUGCAACUAGUGCAGUCCCAUCCACACAACGCGUCAAUAAAACCCCAGCUUUAACAAUACGUGUAAGCGCACCGAGAGGGUCGAUCACAAAUAUUAAGAUUAAUCCGUCGACUACGACUAGAAGGCCGUCAUCACGUAGACCCCAGAGCCGGAAAGGACACAACUACAGCGUCUGUGUCAACUCAUGCAAAGGAAAGAAGGAACCUAUUUGUGGAGCCCCCUUAAAUAUGGUCCCGAUAAACCCAGAUAAGCUCAAAGGUUUUCCUUCGAUUUGUCACUUAGCGUGUCAUAACUCGUUCCGAAAAAAUCAGCCUUAUGAGAAGAUCAUGGACGGUCGGUGCAGCAAGUUGAGAACGCGCAUUCGUACCGUCGACAAAAGCAAAAUAAGAAGAGAUGAACUAAACAAAUCGCAAUACACUGUACUCAGUAACAAUCAAGAAACUGUUGUUCAAAUAAUACCCAAUGAGAGAAGUGCUUAAAAUAUAUCCAAGUAAGUCUUUCAAGUAUCAAGAUAAACUGAUACAGUUUUUUGCUGAUGGUACUUUAGGAAAACUGUAAGUUGCCAAAUUAGUAUCUUCUUGUUUUAUAUAAGAAGUUAUCAUAACACUGCCUUACAUUUUCAGUUCUUAAGUGCUAUGUAAAUAUAAAGCCGCCUGUUUAUUGAACCAAAAAUACGUUACAAACUUGAUACUUUUUAGUGGAACGCAAAAAGUUUUUAAUACUCUUAUGAUUGUAACAACUCGUUUAUUACAUCGUGUACAUAAUAUGAAAAAAGUAGUUAUUGUGUAACAUUUUUUAAUAUACGUUGUGCUAUUUUUUUUGUAUUUUUCUUUUUAAUGAUGUGCUGAUAUACGAAUGCAUAAUUUCAAAGAGUGUGCGUUUGUUUUAUAUUAUGUUUACAUUAUUAUUGAUUUUAUCACGUUUUAUGAUUUGACAACCCUGAUUAUCUCACGUACUGAAUAGAAUUUAACAAUUAUUUGCACAACGAUUUAAAAAAUUUCUCAUUUGUAGUUCUUAUAGUUUUAUACUUAAUUUAAAAAAAAUAAUACACAAUCUAAAGGAACAUUGGAUGACAUUAUCAAAUGAAAGAGACAUACAUGUACAGUCGGCUUCAUUCUCGGUAUUCCACAUAAGCCUCUGUUUAAUAUUUUGUGUAAAUUAAAAAAUACUUACAAUACUUACAAAUAAGAAGCCACUUUUGAAUGUUAUUGUACGAAAUAUUACGUAAUGUUGCAACAAUAGCAUAUUUGAUAAUUCAUAAGGGACGGAGGUUACUUUCGUUGUAAGGUGCAAGCGAUUUUCUGUAACUGAUAUACCGCGAAAGAAGGCGACUGUACAAAAGUUAAAUUACCUAAGACUUUGCAAUUGAUCUCUCCUCAGAUUUUACUCUCUUUAACUUACGUAUAAGUCGAUAACUGAAUUUUAACUUGAUUAUAAUCGUCAUUGUAUUUUUGUUUUUUUAAUAUACUCAAAUUUAAUUAAAUUUGCAUAUUAUAUAAUAUACUAAUUAAGAGAGAAAUAGCAGACUGAAGAAAUUUACUAUCAACAGUUUUUUUCCAUGUAAUGCGAAGAUCUUAUUACCUUUUAAGUCUAGCCAACUAUAUUUUGAUAUUAUAACACGUUUCAAUAUUAAUAUAAAUACUCCAAAUUUAUCAGUAAACGACCCAAUGUCACAGCUACCUAUUGUUAGGAAGAAAAUCCAAUACUGUGCCGGUGUACUGGCGCAACACUAGCCUUACAAAAAUGUCAACGUAUAUGUCCCCUCACUAAUCAUUCUGACACUUGAUUUUGUAACGAAAGCGCGCCAUUCGCGCCAAAUGAUUCUAACUAAUAAUGUCUAAAACCAUAAAUACCAAAUUCAUCAUCGAUAAAUUUUUGUUCGGUAUAAUUUAACAUUCCUUAUUGAAUUGUUAAUCCUAGUUAAUUUUAAAACAUGUUUAUGUAUUAUUGUUUGUGUUAAAAUAAGUCUUAAAAGUUUGGGUGAAUUAGUAGUUAUUUUAACCUGACAUUUUAAUACGUUUUUUUUUACAUUGUUUUCCAUAUUUUUUUAUUAAUAAUUUAUAUUAUUUGUGUUGAACUCAUAAUGUUGUAAGUUUUUUUUUAUAGGAUCGAAAGUUUUUAAGGUACAUUCUUUUCAAGUUAGUGUUUCAAUUAAUUUUACUAUAUUAAAGUUUGUCUAAUAAUAAUCGAAACAAUUCCGUCCAUGACAAUUAGUAACAUAAGUUAUUUUUAAACAUAUUUUUAAAUAUAUUGUAUUACAUUUAUUUUACAAAAUAGUGUGUCGUCA